GACCAGGGCUCACAAUCCUUUUUUUUUCUCUCUCUCUUUCUCUCUCUCUCACUGUUCCCCCAUCGCCGCGAAGAUGUCUGUGAGGGUCAGAGCUUCGCGUCUGUUUGAGCGGCAGCUCCAGUCCUUCUUCAAACAGAAACGAUCUGCCCAUUCAGUGGGUAUCAUCGGAGCCCCUUUCUCCUAUGGACAGAAGCGGCGCGGGGUGGAAGGAGGUCCUCAGGCCAUCAGGGACGGCGGUUUGCUGGAGAGGCUGUCAAACCUCGGUUGCCAAGUGUAUGACUAUGGAGACCUGAAUUUGACAACUGUGCCAAAUGACAAACCAUACAACAAUCAUGUCCACCAUCCAAGAACGGUGGGUUCUGCAAAUCGAAUAUUGGCUGAAUCUGUCAGCCGAGCAGUUGGUGAUGGGAAUCUAUGCGUUAUGCUUGGAGGAGAUCACAGUUUAGGGAUUGGUUCAGUCUAUGGAAAUACACAGCAGCAACCUGAUUUAUGCUUGAUCUGGGUGGAUGCACAUGCAGAUGUUAACACACCUCUUACAUCACCAUCUGGCAAUCUGCAUGGACAAUCUGUAUCAUUUCUCUUGAGAGAGCUUCAACACAAGAUUCCCCUGCUGCCUGGGUUCUCUUGGCUCACUCCAUGCAUCUCAGCGAAAGAUGUAGUUUACAUUGGUCUACGGGAUGUUGAUCCUGGUGAAUACUACAUUAUGAAAAACUUUGGCAUCCAGUAUUUCUCAAUGAGGGAAAUUGAUCAAAUUGGAAUACAGAAAGUGAUGGAAAGAACGCUUGAUCAUCUGAUUGGAAGAAGAAAAAGGCCAAUCCACUUGAGCUUUGAUAUAGAUGCAUUUGAUCCAACGUUGGCUCCUGCUACUGGCACUCCAGUGAUUGGAGGAUUAACUUACAGGGAAGGAAUGUACAUUGCAGAGGAAGUGCAUAACUCAGGAAUGCUGUCAGUAAUGGACGUAGUGGAAGUUAACCCUGCAAUUGCAGCCUCAGAUGAGGAAAUUCGUGCUACUGUAAACCUAGCAAUCGAUAUUACCACUGCCUCCUUGGGACAGACUCGAGAAGGAUCCCACUGUGGCAUUGAUGAGUUACCAUCGCCCAGCGCAACAUAUGAACAGGAUGAGCAAACUGUACGGCUUUAAGAAUUUGGAUACCAAAGUGUAUGCAGAGUUCAGCUCCAAACCUUGCAAUUUAUGGAGGAAUAGUACUUGAAGGGGGAAGCUCCAUCCUUUUUCACUCUCUUCAGGGCCCACAGCGUAGAGAUGACCUGCUCCCAGACCUUCAUCUAUCACUCCAUGCUGACCACAAGUUGACUAGUUCUGAUUGGUACUGACCUUUCCAGUGCUAUAUAUUUCAACAGCAAUAUUGAAGGAUGAAAAUUCCCUGAUCAACUCAUUGAAAUUCAGCUGGAAAUGGCCCUGCCUAGGUUGCCUUAUCAGGUCUUUGGCAGGAAAAGUGAUAAUAAGGGUGCAGGAAGUUUCUACAAAGCUGCUUGCUUUAAUACACACAAAGCUGAACUUUUUGGGAGAUGUUCUUCUGUAUCCUCCAAACCGUAUUGUUCCCCUUUAAUUAUUAAGCUUGUCCUCUGCAUACAGAGAUUUUGUUCCUCUUCUGGUGUUUUAAUGAAACCAACAGGGUAGCAUUUGUUAUAUAUUAAUUGUAACUUUAUUAAAAGUUUGCAC